UACAGCUGACUGGAACGACGAUCGCGGAUCCUUUAAAGCUGAACAUAAGAAACUAAAAUAUACAAAGUCUUGGCCGUUCGGGAUUGUUCCCAAAAUUCCUAAUGGCCUGUCCGCCCAUGACAGUAGAUCGCACUUUAAAAUAGGCUACGUAAUUUGGAAUAGGGUAGAUGGUGCAUUUGAAUCCAUCAACAGCAAAACUAAUUGUCAGUUCUUACACAGCAUAGCCUAUCUUAAGAGUCCCAUUUAUAGGGAGCAUUUCCUACAUUAAAAAAGUCGUAAUCCAAGUGGUGCCUGACUUCGUUAAUUAUCGUAGCACUUUCUCGUGGUGGUGCUGCGAUCAUAAAAACCUUCUUUGUCACGGGGUAUUCAAGGUGUCCUCCUGCCUUUAUUGGCACCAACGGGCCCCUGGGGGAGAAGAUGUCUUUUACAGUAAGGCUGCACUCCUGCAUGGACUUUCAAGCCGCUGAUGGGAAAAUGGAGAAAUAAUCAGAGCAAAGAUGGCCUGUCAGAGGCAUGACAAACCAAACAGACCGAGGGAAGAACUGAGUUGCAUGCUGGUUGGUGAUGGAGCUGUGGGGAAGACCAGCAUGAUCAUCAGUUACAUCUUCAAUGGCUACAACACUGAGUACAGACAAACAGCUUUUGAUGUUUUCACUGGUUUGGUCCAUGUGAAUGGAAUUCCAACUCGUAUCAAACUGAUAGAUACUGCUGGACAGGAGGAGUUUGGCCAUCUCCGCUCUCUUUGCUGUGCCCAUGUGGACGUCUUCAUCCUCUGCUUCAGCCUGGUCAACCCUGUCUCCUUUGACAACAUCACCUCCAAAUGGAUCCCACAGAUCUGUGCUGGCAACCCGACCUCUCCCAUCGUUCUGGUUGGGACUCAGUCAGACCUUCGUUACAAUGUGGACAUCCUGAUUCAUCUGGACCAGCUGGGCACCAAACCAGUGCGCUUGAGCCGGGCUAGAAGGCUGGCACACAGGAUCAGAGCUCACGACUACAUGGAGUGUUCAGCUCUGACACAACACAACCUCAAAAAUGUGUUUGACAGUGCUGUGUUUGCUGCCAUCAAGCACAAGCACAACGGCGCAAAAUCUAAAAAGCUCAGCCCGCUUAAACGUUUGAAGACUUUUUGUGAUAGUGGAUGGAGGAAAAUCUUCAGAUUCAUCUGAUGUGGAAUCAAAGAGAGGACUGAAUGUAGGCUCAGCUUGAUGGACACGUUUCAGGAUUUUAUGACAAUUUAUGCAUUUUUUCAAAACAUUUCUCUGCAGAAUGUGGAUUGUGCACUAAAACAAUAUGAUUUAAGAUCACUGACAUAUUCUGCUCUUUUCAUUUUGCUCUUCCUUGUUUUCAUGUUUUACUUGUGUGUGUGUGUGUGUGUGUGUGUGUGUGUGUGUUAAAGUGUUGUA